CAAGUUCCCAACCCAGCCCAUCGCCAUCCACAGCAUCAAACCCACACAUCUCUCUCGAGCGCCAUUCGAAGCUCUCGCGACCGAGACCGCAGUGCCCGAGAGCGAAACCCUCGAAACUCGAAAGAGGGAGGCGAUCCUCCAUCUCGACCCUCUUCGAAAAGAAUUCAUCGAACUCCCUUCUCCUUCUUUUGCUGUUCUUUUUCUCCGUUUUAUCUUUUUUUUCUUUUCCUUUUUUGUGGAUUUUUUUUUUUUUUGGUUUUUUCUUUUAAGCGGAGAAUGGAUGGAUUCCUACGUGGGCUGUAAUCGGGUCUAAAGAUUGAAUUUUCCGACCUUUUUCUUCAACUAGGUUUUCAUUGGUUUCCAUCUAAUGCCUGUUUUCUGUUCUGGAAUUAGGGUUUUUCGUCCGGCUCUGUACCUGAGCUCCUAAUUUGCCGCCCGCGCCCGUCCGGAAAGCCACCAGUUUGGAUUGUGAAGAUAAAUCGUAGUUUGGUGUUAGCCACCUACGGAGGAUGUCGUCACUGUAUUGUGUACUGAACAACAAACCCAUCGAUCAAUGGAAGGUUACUGAAUUAAAGGAAGAGCUUCGUAGAAGGAAGCUGCCCAUCAAGGGUCUCAAGGAGGACCUGGUGAAGAGGUUAGAUGAAGCAGUUCGGAAUGAGAAAGAAUCACCUAAAGAAGAAGUGAAUAAUAGCUUGGAUCCUGCUCCAGAUCCUCAGGACAAUGGUGAUCAAGAGGGAGAAGAUCCACAAGCAGAGGCUUAUACUGAAGUCAUGACAGAUAAAGUUGAGCAAACUGAUAAGGAUGCCACUAUGGUUGACAUGGAUGGCAGCCUUCCAGAUGUCAAUCAAGCCAUCAACAUUCAAGAUGGGGAUCCAACGCCUCCUUUGGGAUCAGAUGCAGAAGCUGUGGAACCAUCCGUCAAUGCAGCUUCCAUGGAAGGCAGUGCUGCAGCUUCUGUGGAAGAUACCAUCACAGAAAGCCAACACGUGACCCUUCAUAAUGAUUCAAGUGGCCAAGAUUUGCAGUAUGACAAAAAGCAGGAGGAAUCAAAGCCCUCCAUUGAGGAUGUCAAGCUCAGCCCAUCGGAACCAAACAAUCAGGUAUCUGAGGUCAGCCCAAAUUUAGGGUCCCAAGUAAAGUGUGAGUCAAUUUCUACUGAUUCUGUGUCAAUUAUUGAAAAAAAUGAACUAAAGGAUAAUUUGAAUGCUGAUAAUUGUCACUUAGAAGUUGUUAAGCCAGAGAUGGUGCAACUAUCAUCCUGCAAUGAUCCUCCCAUUUGUGAUGAUUUGCACCCAUUGGAUGAUGAUAAAGAGCUAGUUAAGAACCAGGUCUCUUUGGAAGAAACAGAUGCCAAAUAUGCGACAAAUCUGGACCUUAGCAAGAAUGAAGAUAGUGCAGAUGGAGGUUCUCCAGAAAAAUUAAAUUUAGACAGGAGUUCAGGUGAUGAGUCGAUGGAGGAGGAUGUCUUGGAAAGUAAGCAUAUUGAGUCCAAUAUUAAGUCUGAUGAACUGGGGGAAAAAACUGAGGCCAGCGAAGUGCACACUGUAGAAAUGGGGACCUCUGUUGUUGCUGCGGUGGGUGGGUCCUCUCUUGAAAAGAAGGAUACUGUUGAUGAAGAGAAGGUAGGGCCUACUGCUCCUACUGAGAAGAGAAAACUUGAAGACAAUGAAGCUGUUAGGAUCAAUGAGCCAAUAAAGCGGCAACGGCGGUGGAAUUUAGAGAACAUUAAAUUUCCAGAACAGCAAACAUCCAACAUCAGUACCUCAACCACACUCAAGGAUGCUUUACAACCUGCUACCAAACGUACAUUCACUAGGUCUGAUUCAACACUUAGUGGAGAUUCUCCAAAGGAGCGUGUUGUGCCACCAUCACAAAAGCCGCCAACAACUUCCUUGAGAAUAGAUCGUUUUUUGCGUCCGUUUACUCUGAAAGCUGUGCAAGAGCUGCUUGCGAAAACUGGAACUGUCUGCAGUUUCUGGAUGGACCAAAUCAAGACCCACUGCUAUGUGACUUAUUCAUCUGUUGAGGAGGCUGUAGCAACUCGAAAUGCUGUCUACAAUCUCCAGUGGCCAACUAAUGGUGGGAAACUUCUAUUGGCUGAGUUUGUUGACCCUCAGGAAGUAAAGCAUCAUGUUGAAGCCCCACCACAGUCACCUGCACCCAUCAGUCCCAGCCCCAUGACACCGAAGGCAUCUUCCUUCGAGCAACCGCAGGCAUCGCAACCAUCUCCUCAACAUACCGUUAGGCAGCAGCUACCUCCCCCACCAACCCUCCCCCCUCCACCACCUGCAUUCGAUCCACCUAUGAGAGAACGACCACUAGCACCACCUCCUCUGAAGAAACCGGAACAAGCUGUCAUGACACUUGAUGAUCUCUUCAAGAAAACAAAAGCCUCUCCAAGGAUCUACUAUCUGCCCUUGUCUGAAGAGCAGGUGUCAGCUAAACUUGCAGCACAGGGCAAAAGCAUCAGAGAGUAGUGAUUCCUUGUGUUUGAUUGCUAUGUCAGUAUGUAUGUGAAGGAUGUUCUUGCCUCUCGUCUCUUGUCAUGGUGACUUUGUAUCAUAACCAGCAGCAGAUCGAUCUGGGUUACUUUUUGCAGAGAAGGUUAGUCAUCUUGGUGAGCUUGGUUUUCUGUUCACCAGUUCAGGUGAUUCCUGGGGCUAUUAUGUUUGGACUAAUCAAUUUCUCGUGGCCCUGAGGACAAUCUUAUGAGCUGGGGAAUUUUUCUUCUAUAUUUAGCAAAAUAUAGGUUUUGGCUUGUGUCUGAACAAUAUGUGAUGCAAAAUGGUUGUCCCCGAGUUCCAUAAUGAAUGGUUAGCUCGCCCAUUAGC